UCUUUCUUAGUACCUUUUAUUGGCCACUAGUUGUCUAGCUAGUCUAAUUGUUGGCAUUCCUUGCCUUUCUUUCUAAGCUUCUGCAAUUCUAUCAUGCAUCUUCAAAAGUCAGCGCUUCCCUUUCUUCCAUUGAAAUUGGCCGACGUUGUCUUGGAUUUUAACUCACAUAUUUCCGGCUGAUAACAUCUUUAAUUCAUUUUCACCUUUCCUUCACAAGGUGUUUACUGACGUAGAAAGUGUAUACUAACUAGCUAGUAAAGGCUAAAACUUCCACUACGUUUUCUGGGCUUAAUUUUAGCAGGCAAAAUUUGGCGAAUGCUAUGGUGAGCAUCCGAAGGCGCAAGCUGUUAGGACUUUGCUCUGGACGAAGCGCCUUCUUGGUUCCACUGCCAAAGUUUUCUGAGAAUGACCACUUUGCGGAACAUCGUUUCUUCAACAACAGACCCACUAGUGUCCAUCCAAUGACAUCAACUGAUAUUGAUGAGUCAAAAGAGAAAAUUGCUAUAAAGGUUGUUCCUGGAACAUCAAAUAGUCAUGCCUCUGGCUCCUUGAUGGAGCAGACCGCUCAACAAUUUCCAGAAGUUAAACGCAGAAAGCGACACAGGAGAAAGCACUUUGAAAACCAAGAGCCAUGUCUCAUGAGAGGUGUCUACUUUAAAAAUAUGAAAUGGCAAGCUGCAAUAAAAGUUGAUAAGAAACAAAUCCAUUUGGGUACAGUUGGCACUCAAGAAGAAGCUGCUAGACUGUAUGACAGGGCUGCUUUUAUGUGUGGGAGGGAACCAAAUUUUGAGCUUUCAGAGGAGGAGAAGCAGGAACUAAGACAAUUCAAAUGGGAUGAUUUUUUAGCAUUUACACGCUCAGCGAUUACUAACAAGAAAACUCGAAGAAGAAGUGGAGCUGGUGCACGGAGGAAAUCUGAGCCUUUAACUUCAGCACUGAACAGUGAGGAGGAAGAGGAGGGAGGGGAGCCAGAAAGCAAUGGGUUUUCAGCCUCUGAAGAUAUAGAGCACGACGUAUCGUUCUCUUGAUCCCCUCCUCUCUCCUCCAUUUUGUGAAUGCUGGAAAAAUAAUGCUAUUGAUUCUGUUCAGCUGGUCAGCCACGUACUUACAACUGGAUGAUUCUGUCAGUCGUAUAGAUUUACACAAAUAUAGGUGCCCCUAUUAGGGCGGGUUAUCAUAUACCUUUCUAUUGGCAAAGUUUAAUCGAGUUCGAUCACAAGUAUGUUAUUGUGCAUGCCUCGAGAUCUAUUGUCAUGCUUGAUUAACUUUGACAUGCAGAAGUGACUUUGAUCAGCAUCUCUUACCGGUGAAUAAUGGUAUAUGACGGGGAAAUAAAGGGACAUGACAAGAGGACUGUAGUAGGUUGACUGUUAAUAUACAACAAUCGAACCAUGUAACGCUUUGUUUAUAUCAAUAUAUUUAUGUAUGACGUCA